UAUUGUGUAUGUGUAUAUGAGAGAGAGAAAGAGGGAGAGAGAUGUUAAGGAUGACAUUAAAUCCUUCUUAAACUUCAGGUCUUAACUAAUUUUCGCUAAUGAUACAUAUUUCUGCCAUACCUAACAACUAAAGUACGCCAGUGUGUGGCAACAUUGUGGGUGGGAAUCUUCGCUUUUUCAUAGUUUGUUUUCUAGGCUUUUUAAAAAAACCUUUUUAGCUCAAAGGCACGUUUGGUCGAUGUCAGGUUAAAUUAUCACUAGAUGGCAUCAUAGCUUGAGUUCGCUGAUGAUUUCCAGUCUUCUCGAGAGAGCUCAAUCCCUUUUACAGCAAACUGGUAUUAAAGGGCGAGCUGUCAGAAUGAUUUUUAACGCGACUCAGUGACUUGUGGAAGAUGGAUAUACAGGUUCAGAACCUGAGAGCUAUGAGCUGCAAAUAUACUUGGAUUGUGCAUUUAUAAAAAUUAUUAUAACAGGGAAGACAUACAUUGUAAUUUAAUUGCACUUACCUGUAAGCGCCAUAAAGGGAUUUUACUGUGUCUAUUUUGCUCACCACUCUAUGUCCAUUGCCCAGAAGUUUGCCUGACACAUAGAAGAUGUCCCAUAAAGAGUUCUACAGUCUUAUAAAGUAAAAAUUUGACAGAACCUUGUACAUGGAUUUAACGUCCCCUUGUUCUCAAAGAGAAGUAAUAGCACCUUUUGCUGUGGCCCUUCCUGCCCCUUUAAGAAAGGGUAGAGAAAAAGGAAGAAAGCGCUGCUGGGAAAGAGGGCGGAAGCCGGCGGAACCCGGUCGGGUGGGGCUGCCAGAUCCGCGCCCUCAGCCCAACUACUGACUCAAGCUUGGGAGGCGGGAGCGGGAGGCGCAGGCGUGAAGAAUGCACGGAGGCGAGUUCUCUGUGCUUUAGCUCCCGAGUGCGGUAUUAGAAAAGCAAGCCUUAGACUUGUAUGAUUCUAGGGAUAACCCAAAGGAGCCCGGUAGCUCAAGCGGUUUGCCAUCAGCUGCUAACCUAAAGACUGGUGGUUUAACCACCCAGCCGCUCUUUGGAAGAAAGGCCUGGCAAUCUGCUUCCAUAAAGAUUACAGCCAAGAAAACGCUGUGGAACAGUUCUACUCUGUAGCACGUGGAGUUUGCACCAGUCAGCUGACUGGAUGGCAGAGAUCCAGGGAGUCCUGGUGCGAUCAAGCUGGGAGCCAGGCCCUUGUUCUUUUCCCAUGAGGAGCAACCCUUAUCAACAGCAAUACUGACAGAACCUGUGUUUUGGAAAAGCACUGAUGCCUUUGAGCCUAAGUUGGAAAGUAUUUGCACUAUUUCCCGCGAACCGCUGCAGUCUUUUUCUGAGGGCUGUGAGAAGUGGUGGUCUUCCCUUGUUUCCCUGGGGCCGCCACCCCUGGAGAGGAGCUGGGAGUAUUUUGGACCCUGAGAUGAAGGCUUUCCUGGAGGAGAACACUGAAGUCACCAGCACUGGCAACCUCACCCCUGAAAUCCAGUUGCGUCUUCUGACUCCCAGAUGCAAGUUCUGGUGGGAAAGAGCUGACCUAUGGCCCUACAGUGAUCCUUACUGGGCUAUCUACUGGCCAGGAGGCCAAGCCCUGUCUAGGUAUCUUUUGGAUAAUCCUGACAUUGUCAGAGGAAAAUCUGUGUUAGAUCUUGGGAGUGGAUGUGGAGCUACAGCGAUUGCUGCUAAAAUGAGUGGGGCAUCAAGGAUCUUGGCCAAUGACAUAGACCCUAUUGCAGGAAUGGCCAUUACACUAAACUGUGAAUUGAACCAGCUGAAUCCUUUUCCCAUUUUAACCAGAAACAUUUUGGAUUUGGAACAAGAUAACUGGGACCUUGUUGUUCUUGGAGAUAUGUUUUAUGAUGAAGACCUUGCAGACAGUCUUCAUGGAUGGCUAAAGAAAUGCUUUUGGACCCACACAACUCAAAUACUGAUUGGUGACCCUGGGCGACCCCAGUUCAGUGGACACAGCAUUCAGAAUCACCUGCACAAAGUGGUAGAAUAUUCACUUCCAGAGCCUACAAGGCAGGAAAACAAUGGAUUGACAACAAGUACAGUGUGGGAUUUUCAGCCUUGAGUUCUUAAAGCGCUCCCAAGUAUGGAUAUAGCUAUAUUUGGGUUUAAUCUUGGAAGUUUCCACCAUAAAGUAUAUUCUCAGUUAAAAAAAUGUUAAUUCCUAUUAAAUGGCAAAUCUUGUUUCCAAAAUAUGCAGGUUUAAGGUUUUGCCAGCCUUUGUUAUAUAACUACUACUGUAUUUCCAUUUAUACUGAUACACAAAUCUGUAUUUGCAGUCAUUUUCUUUUUUUUUCUUUCCUAUAGUUUUUCUGCUAUAGGAAUAUGAUUACAGAAGG